AUGAAUAAAGUGGGAUUUUGUGCUUUAUUAGAGAAUAAAAUGAAGAAGGAUAAAGUUGAUGAUAUGAUGACUAAAUUGUUCUUUGGCUGGGAACACUACAGUAGUAAUGUCACAGAAGGCAGAAUUUUGGUACUUUGGAAGAAAUCUUUUAUCAAGGUUCAGGUCCUACUGGAACAACAACAAUUUGUUCACUGUUUGGUUAAAUUUACAGGCUUGCCGAUGGAAAUUGUGGUCACUUUUGUUUAUGGUCUUAACACUAUGGUUGAGAGAUUGGAUAUGUGGAGGGGUCUAUCUUCUAUUCAUGUCAUGAAAAAGCCUUGGUUGGUCGUGGGAGAUUUCAAUGUUGUGUUUAAUUUUGAUGACAAAAUGGGAGGGAAGGCGAUAAGUGCAACUGAGAUUCUUGACUCUACUGCUUUGCUAGCCCAUUCUCAGUUGGCUUCUCUCAAGAGCAUGGAUUGGAUUGAUGCCUUGCCUAACUCUAUUGCUGAACUUCAAUGGGAUGUCCAUUCAGACCAUUGUUAUUGUCUCAUCAAGGCUCUUAAACUUGGAAAUCUGGGCAUAAAACCAUUUCGGUAUUUUAAUUUCUGUAUUGCUCACAGAAGGUUUAAAGAGGUAGUUAUAGAUAGUUGGCAUAAGCCUAUGGCAGUGGGGGGUUUACUGGGUAUGACUAAAAAGUUUCUUCGGCUGAAGCAUAUUUUGAAAGCUUUUAAUAGGGAGGAAAUUGGUGAUGUUGAGCAGGGAUAUCAUCAAGCUAAGGGAGACUAUCAACUGGCACUAACUAGAGCUCAAGCUUCACCAACUGAUACUGCUGCUCAGGAGGCUGAAAAAAUAGCAGCGGUUCGCUAUCAAGAUCACUAUGCUAGAUACAUAAGUUUUUUGAUACAGCGUAGCAAAGUUACAUGGCUGCAGAAGGGUGAUGAUAAUAAUUCGUACUUUCAUGCAUGCAUUAAAAAAAGAAGGGAGGAGAAUCGUAUUGUUUCAUUUCUGAAUGAGUAA